AAGCUCUCUUGGAGCUGACGCUGCCCUUUAGCGAUGGGAAAUAUAUGCUUAAGCCUGCUUUUUGCAGUUACCCUGUUUAUUCAACUCGAGAGUAAUAGUGGUGCUCGAGAUACUCUUUCCCUGGGUGCCUCGCUUACUGGAAAUCAGACAAUCAUUUCAAAGAAUGGCACAUUUGAGUUGGGAUUCUUCACCCCAAAUGGAAGCAACUGGUAUAUUGGCAUCUGGUAUGCCCAAAUACCACAGAAGACGUAUGCUUGGGUGGCUAACAGGGAGACUCCCGCAAGAAACCAGUCAGGCGUUUUGAAGCUGUCACGAGAAGGUAAUCUGGUACUGUUCGAUGCAUGGGGCGCAUCUCUUUGGUCAGUCAACACAAGCAACAAGGCCUCCCGAGCUGUGAUAUUGGAUUCUGGUAAUUUUCUAGUUCUGAGCGAUGGCAAUAAAUCUGAAACUGUUUGGCAGAGUUUCGACAAUCCUGUAGAUACCUUGUUGCCCGGAAUGAGGUUCGGUGGACACCAAAAGUUAGUGUCUUGGAAAAGCUCAUUGGAUCCUGCUCCUGGGCUUUUUUCCCUACACAUGGAUCCUUCUGGUGCAAAACAAUUCGUUCUGACAUGGAACAAUUCUGUACAGUAUUAUACGACUGGAACUUGGGACGGCAUAAUUUUCAGUGGAAUUCCAGAAAUAUCAGACAAACACAUUUUCAAUGUCAGCGUUGAAGGUAAUAGCUCUGGUUUGGAUUUUACUUAUACGUUGGUUCCUAACUUCAAUGCUCUCGCACGCUUCGUCGUGACUAAGUUCGGACAAGGGCAACAGUUUUCAUUCGAAAGCACUGGUUGGAACAUGUUCUGGUCUGUGCCCAGAGAUGCAUGCGCCGUAUAUGGUCCCUGUGGUCCGUACGGAACCUGUGACUCACGAAAUCUGGCGCUCUGCAGCUGUGAAGAAGGCUUCAAACCCUCGGACAAUCACGCCUGGGUUUCGCAAGAUUGGGCGUCUAGUGGCUGUGUUCGGCAGAGCCCGUUAAACUGCAGCACUGACCGAUUCAUCGACAAUGGUGUAACUUUGCCUGAUGAUGAGGCUUCCUCAUACGCUGCAUCCACAAAGAAAGAUUGCCAGGAAGCCUGCCUCCGCAACUGUUCGUGCACCGCGUUUGCUUUCAAUCCGCCUUCAGGGGCGUGCCAAGUCUGGUCUGGAGAUUUGCUAAACAUGCGCAACUCUACUCCAUCAAAAAUCAAUUCAAAUGUCUUCAAGAGUAGGUGCUUCUAAACUUUCAAUGAAAAGCAAAACCACAAGUAUUGUAGGC